AUGGCUGAGCUUUUGAAAGACCCGGAACAUGUCAAAUCGCAGGAAUAUUUUGGCCUCGAUCGAAAUUGGGCUUUGGUCGGUAUUGAUGAUGUUCCUGAUUGGAUGAUAAGUUCUCGUUAUCUUCUUGGCUCAAUGCGACCGCCGCUAGAAUCAUUCAAAUUGUGCUACAGCUCUUGGUUUCGAUUGCAUACUGAAACUGGCAACAUUUGGUCGCAUUUUCUAGGCUUUAUUGGAUUCAUUGUUUUAUUUUUUGUUGCAAUUUUCAACCCACUUAGUAUUAGUAUUUUGGAGAAUAUUUUGAUAUGCUUAUCAGUUGCCUCUGCCACGCUCUGCUUCGCCUUUUCCUUCCACUUCCACACAGUUCGAUGCCAUUCCCCGAAAAUCGCCAAGCACUCCGAAAAACUCGACUACACCGGAAUCCUGUUUUACGCGCUUUUCGGAUUUUUGCCGAUCAUCUUUUUCUCCUUUCGCUGUGAUUCAACGACGCAAUCUGCUUACAUGAUCACUUUGUGCGUUGUUUCUGUUGGCAUUUUGACGAUGAGCAGAUUCAAGGCUUUUGGAAGGACGGAGUACAGACCGUGUCGGGCUGUUGCUUUUAUGAGUCUUGGGCUUUUGACAAUUUUUCCGACGUUUCAUGCUUAUUUUAAGCACGGAAUCGAUGUUGCUUUUAAUGAAGAAGCCUUUUCAUUGCUCUGCAUAUUCUUCUCUUCUGGAACCACAGGAGUCCUCAUUUACGCUACUGAAGUUCCAGAGCGAUUCUUCCCCGGAAAAUUCGAUAUUUUCUUCCAUAGCCAUCAAAUUUUUCACAUUUUCGCCGUCGGAGCCGGAGCAGUUCAUUUCCUGGCGAUUCGAGAGCUACAGAGCUUUCAUUCUGACCCGUGUCCUGUUGGAGGAUGGGCAUCCGAAAAUUUCACACUGACAAAUAGUCUUCCUUGA